AUGUCUGGGACUGGGUCCCAAACACGCAUCCCCUCGAGCACGGGAGGCCCCGAUACCAAUAUCUCGAUUGAGGAUGUGCCGAUUACAGGUAGCGGGAUUCAAAAUCUGUCCGCGGAUAUCUAUAACGCUCUUUGCGACAACUGGGAAGACAAGAAAUUCCUCCCCAACGACGAGAUGCGCCAUUUUGCCUCCGAAGACAGCAUUCAAUCCAUUUUCGGUGCCGUGAAAGCCUUUGCGAGCAUGGACGACCUUGUAAGGUUCAUCCAGAACGAAGCGCUGCGGCUGUUCCUGAUCCUCGUCCUGAUGGAAAGAAAAUCUUUAGAGCGGGAACUCAAAUCUUUUCAAGACAACGGGUUUGAUGAUCAUGCACUACCAAUCAGGUUCAAUAGAGACAAUACAGCAUCUGCUGUGCAGGGGCCGGAUCAAAGUAAACGGCACUGCGUUUUUCACCAUUGGGAACGCGGCGAAAAGGAACUCUUUGCCAGUUACCAAUAUCGUUUCACGGCCCCUGUUUUUGGCACGACUGAAUUCCAUCAGCAAGUUCCUGUGGGGCAAUGGUUGCCUUUCUUGGAGGUAGCACCACAACCCGCGAGCAGUGGGUACUUUGGAGAGGUUACGAGGACUGUCAUUCACGCUAAGCACAUCGAUCCGUCAUCGAAACUGUCGACGUUCAUUUGGACCUCUAAGGAACCUGAUCAGGAUGGGAAGCGUCUGCAGAUGGAUGCGAUAGUAAUCGCAGUCAAGAAAGCUAAGGAGGGCGAUGAGGACCCCAAUCCCAGCUACAGCCGCGCCGCAUUCUUCGAUAAAGAAGUGGAGAAUCUUGACCGGCUACGGAAAUACAACUCACCGCAUCUCAUCAAGCCCAUUUCAGGCUAUCGACACGGCAAUAACAGAUGUCUCAUCUUUCCCUGGGCAGAUGGAGGCAACUUAGGCGAUUAUUGGAAGCAAUUCCCAAGUCAUGCGGGAAACAAGAGCCGUGUUCUAUGGCAGAUUCGACAGUUCGUAGGAAUCUGCUCUGCAUUGGAAGCACUUCACAAUGAUAACAUCCGACACGGAGAUCUCAAGCCAGAAAACAUCCUUUGGUUCGAUCGUAGCAAUAUCGAUGGAGGAACCUUGCAGAUCGCAGACCUCGGUCUUGCUGCUUUUCAUGAGAAGGAACAACACACUCAACUUCGUAAAUCUGGGACCAAAACACCGUCAGGCACCUCUCGAUACGAACCGCCAGAAAUGGAUCAACAGCGUCGCACACGAGAUCCACAUGACCCUCAAUCACCGAAAUACGGGACUCGGUCACGCCAAUAUGACAUCUGGUCUUUAGGAUGCGUUGUCCUCGAACUCCUCAUAUGGCUUGCUUGCGGCCCUAGAGAUGUGGAAGUGUUCAGGGGAGACACUUUGUAUUUCUGGCAGAAGGCUUCAGAACGCGAAGAUGGCGAAUACAUGGUGCACGAACACGUCGUCGCGGUCAUGGGCGCCCUGAGCAGAUAUUUCAAACCCGGUUCCGCUUAUGAAUGCAUCCUCCAGCUGGUAGAAACCCGGCUUCUCGUCGUCAAAGUCUCACGAAAUCAAGAACAUGUACCGGAAGACUGCCGAGGAAGCGCCACCAAAGUACACGACUGCUUUGCCGAGAUCUCUCAAAGAUGUCAGACUGAUGAGACCUUCCUGUCGCCUUCUCCAGAUAAGCUUAGAUAUUUUCAACCCGAUCCCAACGCGACACGGCGGGGUAGCGUCCAACGCAGUGAAUUUCAUGAAAAGAACGGUAAGCUUGCGGUGCCUAACCAACGACUUGCUGCCAAGCCUACUUUGGGUCCAUUUCAGACAAUAGCAGAGAGUACGACUGCUGAAGCAGCAGGCAGUCUGGAGCCAGAACUGCCAGAUGUCUUUCAACUCACUGUUCGCAAGCCGACCUUCAGGCAAUCUGGCGACAACCUGCAUAGUCAGGUGUCACAGGCCUCCAAUCAUCAAGAAAAUUUCGGUGACCUGGCUCAGAGCUCAAGCAAAAUCAACGAUGACUGGACGUCCUUUCCAGACAAUGACUUUGCUGCAAGAUAUUUUGAUACCAUCGGGUGGGAUAAAGCUGUCCCGAUACCAAACAGUGUUCAUGAUGGCCGUUGCAAGCACUGCUACUCGAGUGAUUCAAUGGAUUUGUUCGACACGGCAUGUGAUCUUGAAGUACUGCAGGAGAAGGCGAGGGCCUGCGAGCUUUGUAGCAUGCUUCAGGACGCAUUGAACACUCAGCAUUUGAGAGCACCAGGAGUAGUCAACCUACGCCGCGAUACUGCUCACGUAGGUAUCAAAGACGGGCCCAAUCUUCUCUCUUUGUACUGCGAGCCAGAUUCAAAAGUACCAAUUCCUAAGGGCGCACAACUGGGCCUUGCGCAGCUCUUCGAUACAGACACGGCCGAAUUCUAUGCGCUUUUGAAGGGGUGGAUCCAAGUUUGCGACAAAGAGCAUGUCCAGUGUCGACGUACUGAUGAAACAUUGACUAUGCCGACUCGUCUCAUAGAAGUGGGCAGACAGCUUCGCCUCGUCGAAACAGCAGACAUCGAACCAUCGCGAUACGCGGCCCUAAGUCACUGCUGGGGGAAGUUAGAACCGCACCAGAAAUUCUGCACCUACAAGAACAACUUCACGCACCGCAAAGAAGGGAUUGACUUCGAGGCCCUGCCACGUACGUUCCGCGACGCAAUCACUGUGACACGGAGACUUUGCGUAGAGUACAUCUGGAUCGACUCGCUAUGCAUCGUCCAGGACGACAAAACGGAUUGGGAAAGCGAAGCGAGCAAGAUGGAACAGGUGUUCAGCGCCGCAUUCUUCACAAUUGGCGCAAGUUCAGCCGAAUCAUCGCUCCAAGGGUUCCUUGCCAACCGCAAGCCUCGAACAGUGUUGAAGGUACCUAGUAAUACAUCCGGGAUGAUGUAUGCCUGUUUAGAUACCGACAACUUCCAUAACGAUGUUGAGCUCUCGCCGCUUAACAGCCGAGGCUGGGUACUGCAAGAGAGGGCAUUAUCUCGUCGCACGAUGUUCUUUACUUCGAAGCAAGUCUACUGGGAGUGCGGUGGUGGGAUACACUGUGAAACUCUGACCCGUCUUAAAAAUUCGAGAGGGGCUCUUCUGGGUGAUGCCAACUUCCCAACGACCGCCGUUGGACACUACAAAGACGGUAGGCAGCUCCUCAUACAAGAUCUGUACGAACGAUACUCGGGUUUAGCCUUCACCGAGCCUGCGGAUCGAUCCGUCGCUAUACUAGGGUUGCAAAAACGACUUUCGCACGCUUUCAACAUGAAAGCAGCUCACGGACUCUUCGAUGCGUACUUUUCUCGAGGCUUGCUAUGGAAACGCCGCAAUCCGCAGCGCAUGGAGCGCAUUCCCCAAAUACCUGACCGAAAGGUUCCCAGCUGGUCAUCACUGUCGAAAGAAGGGAAGAUACAGUACUUGGAUGCAACUCAUGAGUUGAAGUUCAAAGAGGUUGAUUGGGCUGACGACUUUAAAAGCCCCUUCGUGACCUUGAAAGAUACCCCCGAUGAGAACAAAAUAUUUAAGUUUUCGGGUUUGGCUAGGGAGAUGAAUCUCUCGACGAAAGACAUGGCGAUAGGCAUCAGGUUUGACGAUGAUGUGGAUUUCGAGGCAAAAGGUCUUCGAUGCGUUGUCAUUGGAAGAGAUAGAAUUGGACAAGGGCAGGUGAGCCCAAAGAACCACGUGCUGGUGAUUCAUCAAUCGCUGAACGACAAGAGGGAUCUUAUCUGGGAGAGAGUUGGAGUUGCGUCACUCGACUCCAGUGUCAUCAAGGAUGAAGGAUCAUGGGUGGAUAUACAUUAG